CUGCCGGCAGUACCCUGAGCCCGGCAGGAAGGAGGAGGAGGAGGAGAAGAAGGAGGAGGAGGAGGAAGGCGGGGGUCAUCCCGCUAAGCCGGGCGGGAUGGAUAAGUACGACGACCUGGGUCUGGAAGCCAGCAAGUUCAUCGAAGAUCUCAAUAUGUACGAGGCCUCCAAGGACGGUCUCUUUCGGGUGGACAAAGCUGCCGGUAACAACCCCGAGUUCGAGGAGACCAGGCGGGUCUUUGCCACCAAAAUGGCCAAGAUCCACCUCCAGCAGCAGCAGCAGCAGCAGGAUGAGAUGCUGAUGGCUGCCCUGAACGGAGGGGCCACCUUCAACGCCCCCCGGCCCAGCCCACCGGCGGUACGGGGUGCCAAGCCGCCCCCUGCCUCUGCCGCCGAGGGGCCACGCACGAGGUCGUAUGACGGAGGGGAGCGCGGCUUCGGUGACAGCGGGGUGCGUGCCGAGGCCCCGGGGAGCCAGGCUGGGCACCGGGGCUGGGAAGCAGAGCCCGACAGGAUCCCCAAAGUGGGGGGCUCGCGGCUCGGCGCAGGGCGUGGGGAGCAGCACGCCGAGAGUACCAGUGACCCCCACCCUUGCCGUGGCAGGCAGGAGAAUGGCAGCGAGGGCAGGCGGGGCGCCGGGGAGCAGAGGUCCUCCUCCUUCUCGCACACCUGGACCCCCCCAGCAUCCUCAGUGGGGACGGAGGAGGGGGCGCCGGGAGCGCCACCGCAGCAGAGGUCUUCGUCCUUCUCAGCCCCCUCAGUGCAGCCUGCCCGAGGGUUUUCGGGCCCUGCUGACCCCUGUGGUCCCAGGGCCGGAGGGGAUGGCAGCCAGCCGUGGUACCAGGGCGUCCCGCUGUCCUUCUCCCCUGGCUCUGCACCCACCACCCCGAGCGUGGACUACCAGCAUGCCACUGCCUACCCUGGCCUGUCUGGCCACUUCGUGGCCCAUGGUCAAAACCACCGGCCCAACGGCAGCAGCGCGAGCCCUGAGCCAGGCUCCUCGCGCCUGGCCUUGCGCGGGCCGAUGGCCUCAGAUGCUCCACAGUCGCCUUUCCUGGAGGGCACAAGCGGCCCACGGUCGGAUGCCAGGCACCCGGAGGGCUCCAGCACAGCGAAGGUGAAGCUGCCCUGCCAGACCCUCCUUCCACAGCCGGAGCAAGGGCCGUCAGCAGCCGAGCUGAAACUGGAGGCACUGACCCAGCGCCUGGAGCAGGAGAUGGAUGCUCGGCCAAAGGCCGAUUACUUUGGCACCUGCGUGAAGUGCAGCAAGGGGGUGUAUGGAGCAAACCAGGCUUGCCAGGCCAUGGGCAACCUCUACCACGAUGGCUGCUUCACCUGCGGAGCUUGCAGUCGAAAGCUGAGAGGAAAAGCCUUUUAUUUUGUGAAUGGCAAGGUGUUCUGUGAAGAAGAUUUCCUGUAUUCUGGUUUCCAGCAGUCAGCUGACAGGUGUUUCAUUUGUGGUCAUUUGAUAAUGGACAUGAUCCUGCAGGCUCUAGGGAAGUCAUAUCAUCCAGGCUGCUUCCGAUGCGUGGUCUGCAACGAGUGUCUGGAUGGUGUGCCAUUCACUGUAGACUCUGAAAACAAAAUCUACUGCGUCAGAGAUUACCACAAAGUUUUAGCUCCAAAGUGUGCAGCAUGUGGACUUCCCAUUCUGCCCUCCGAGGGGUCUGAUGAGACCAUUCGGGUUGUGUCCAUGGACAAGGAUUACCACGUGGAAUGUUAUCACUGCGAGGACUGUGGGAUGGAACUGAACGAUGAAGACGGGCAUCGCUGUUACCCGCUAGAUGAACAUUUGCUUUGUCACUCCUGUCAUCUGAAACACAUAGAGAAUGGCACCAGCCCAGCAGCUGUGUACCAGCACCACUACUAGCCAGCGUGGCCGACAUGGGAAGGUCUGGACAGAAGACUUGUUACGCGAUCUUGCUCUCCCCACCCUCAGUUGAUUUCCUGUGCAUAUUUUUCACCAGUCAACAAUGUUUCUGUAAAAGGAUAUGAGAGAAUUUUGCUGGAUUCCCAGAGUCUGUGUGUUUGUGAGUUCCAGCUGUAUCAAACCACGUCUACUUGACCAAGAAUGUGGCAUGUUAUCUAAACUGGUUUACUUUUACGUGCCUUUUUCUGCUGUCUGGAGAUUCUUCUUGGCUCAUUUUGGAAGAUUCUUCAGUGAAAGCACAACUUGCUGUCGUGCCUGUGAACUCAGAUCGUGCCAUGCACAAUUACAAAGUCAGGGGCUGGCUUGCCUGCCUCCCUGCCAGGGAUGUCCCGUCUACUAAGAGUUUCCUGACAAGCACACUUCAUCAGAUUCCCUGAAGGACAUCAACCUAUUAAUACCAGUUUUUAGACACUGUCUUUCUUUUUGUUAAUUCUUUAGGAAAAGAAAGAUGUCUGUGCAAAAUGGCAUGCUCAAACCUUCCAGUUAAUUCCCCGAACUCCGGUAUCAAGUCUGGCUGUAAGAGCACCAACUCUCCAAGCACAAACCAGGCGUGCUGGCUGGCAGCUGGAGGCUGACAUCCCAUUUCAAACAGAACAAAAAACUGGAACAAGCUGGGCUAAACUACCCUGUUGACUUGGGGCCUGGGCUUGCGUGUCAGCGUGAUACGCCGUGGCCAGUCUGCUGUGUCAGAGUCUGAAUAGCGGAUUGUAUUUGGAAAGGAAAGGUCGGGAUGCUGAAAAUGUGGACACGGGGAAAUCCAGCCUCGUUCUUGCUUGCAGGGCUCGCUUUGGAAAAAGCUCUCUGUACACAGACGCUGGCCUGAGUUUUCCAGCUUGUCCCCAGUGCUCAGCCCCCAGCCUGGCCACUCCUUUCUGUGGUGUUUACCCAGCACAAAGCCAUUUCAUAAUGGUGCUUGUUUAGAGCUCUGGGAACAAACUCGAGAUCGUCAUGAAGGCUUUGUUACACAGGGAUUUAGAGCCCAGCCUCACAACCUGUACUCAAAUGAGUAUGUUGGUAUAAACAGAUUUGCUCCCAUGAAUAACAACAGCUUAUCUGAGCAAGGGGUAAGUGAGUUUGGCCCUUGCUUUCUGUUCUGCUGAGAAAGCAGAAAGGCGGAUCAUUUAUCUUUUUGAACCCCCCUGCUUUAUAGUCAAAGAAAUCUGCUCCCCCAGGAUGUGUUACGUGUAAGAGAUGUGCCUGCAGUGCAUGUUCUGUAGGUACCAAAGCUGUGCAGCCCCUCGUGUACAGGUACAAAGUUGUUGUUUAAGAAAAAGCUUUUAAUUUAAAGUCUUGGAUGCAAUCAGGGAUUUUAGCUACCCUUUCCGACAUGUUGUAUGGAAAACUAGUUAAAUCCUAAUGUGUCCAUGCUAGAGAUGUAAAUUCAGUUCUAUUAGAUAGGGGACGGGAUGACAUUCUUGAAGUUCUUUUUAGUGAGGAAACUACAAUAAAUUAGCUGAGUAGAGGCACGGACAUGAGCCUGUGCCGAGAACCCACUAUGGUUCACCCAAACCUCUUUUCCCAUGCUAAUAAAUACCACGGGCCUCCAUUUCAAGUGGUGCAAGUUGCUGUGCUAAGUAUUAAACAAAGGCACAAGCAUCAGCUGUAAAACAGAUGGAGACCAGUGGCCUGUUAGCACCCUCCUUCACAUCUGUAUCAGCUUGCCUUGUCUGAAAUGUGAACGUCUGAAGCUGCCCAAGCUGUGGGAGCUCGGUGAUUUUGGUGUGGAGUUUCAUCGGGCCGGCAGACCAUCCAGCCUUCUGCCCCAUCCAGCCGUAAGCAUCUCCGCCUGUUGCUGCUGCUCUUGCGGAUGGGGACGGCAGCACAUCCAGAGCCCCAGCUUUGGUGUAGCUUGGCUCUGCGGCGCCGUUUCUCCUGGAGACAUGCAACCCUUCAAGUGAGUGACCGAAAGCUCAAGCGGGGAGGCUUUCCCACUGCACUAUACACGGGUCUGGGGCAUAUGUAUCUUUGGAGAGUUUUACCUGUGAUUUUAGAGGAGGUAAAAUUGACCCCAAAUAUAUGAGCUCCUUGGAGCCUUCAAUUUGGCCUCCAAAUGCUGGAUAAUGAAGGGAUGGGAACCAACACAAACAUAACUGGUGCUGUAUCCAGGCGAUACGGGCUGGGGUCAGCAGAACACCCAGGGCAGAUCCUGCAGCGCUCUCACCCCAGCGUGCCGUGUCAGCUUGUGUCCUGCAGUGCAGCUGGGCCCAGGGGAGAUGUCUCGAAAUGCAGCUGUGAUCUUAGGAGUGUCUGAAGGGACUGAGGUGGGAAAUAACGCCAGCUGAGUGUCCCUGGGAAAUAAUUCAGAUAGUCCUGGGCAGGUGGUUCCCCUCCCUGAGCUUCCUUUGGAAGUGAAGGCAGUGAGAUAUCCAAGUGGCUUCUGGAAGUGAGCUGGGAAUGCCAGCCCUGAUCUUUUGUUCUGUCUCUGAGAGACUGGCUACUACGUGGUGCAUGCUUUUGCUAGCUCUUGAUUUUCAGAGCAGCCUCUCAUGCACAUUUUCUGGCCUUCAUCUUGGGAAGAUCUGAAAACACUAGCGGGGCUGCUAUUUUCUUUUUAAGAUGAAUUUUUAGCUACUGUCUCACUCUUGCAGCCUUCCCCACAACCCCAAAAUAAACAGGCAAGAAGGGGAAGGGGAGAAGGACGAUUUUCUUUCAUGGGAAGCCUCAAGUAGCCUGUUUGCAGUCAGCUGUCCUGCAGGAUGCCUCUUUUGCAUCAAUGGAAAGUUUGGGCCCUGCUCCCACACGGUGUCUUGUUACUCCUGUCAGCCAUCCCGUAUCCCUCAGCGCUGGGGAUGUGAAGGCUGCCCUACUUUCAGUUUUGAGGUCCUGUAUAAAUUAUUAAGUGCCAAUGCUCUCCUUUAUUCACGGAGAGCUAGAAAUGACAAUGUGAAGCUAUUGAGAAUGAAGCGUGUGAGUUUGUGGUUUUGAAGCUAAAGCAUCUGCUGCGUUGCCCUGCUCCCCUAUGUGCGCUAACUUGCACCGCUUUUGUCUUUGGGAGUUUGAAUUCAUUUAAGCUCAUUAUUAUUUCUCCUAGGCUGUGGGUGUCUGAGUCCCUGUUGAUUGUCCCCAGCUUGUCCCCAGCUCUGCCGCUGCCUGAUGGUGGGUCUGGGAGCAGGGAGACAAGGGCAUCCUGCACAGGGGAGGCUUUUUCUCCUCCUGACACCCCCCCCGCCAGGCAUCUGUGGAGCUGGAAGCCCUCACUGCCUGCCUUCAGGCAGCUCCCCCAAAAGGAAAAGCCAUCAGGCAGGUAGCUCUGGAGCUGGAUGGGUGAGCUUUGCAUGCUCUGCAGAAGAAUUUCCAAAAGAGUGUUAGAUUCUGUCCAUCACCUGGCUGAUACGUGUUGGGUUUUGCUGUUCACAUGAACGUUGUUGUCUUUUUAUUUAUUAAGGAGCUGACACGCGCUAUGAAAAGUUAGUCUUAAUUCCUCCCCCAGCGUGCUCUUCGGACGGGUUUUAGGGUAAGGGACCCUUGGAAGUCCCAUUGUGCUGGUAAUGAGUAACUCACAUGCAAAUAGUUAUUUAAGUGAAUUCCUUGAAACUUGCUUUCAGGAGCCAGAGCUUAAUAGAUUUUUUUUUUCAUUCAGAUCAUGCUGUUAAAUUUCUAUUGUUUAGAAUAUGGAAACCAUUUAAAUAGGGAUCUUUGCAUAAAACCCUGGAGGGAAAGCCCCAGCUAUAGAAGCAGCAGACAUUUUUGUCUAUUUUAAAGUGCAAGAAACACCUGUCAUCAAAGUGAUUUAGGAAACUGCCCUGAUGUAAAACACAAGGAACAGCAUUUUCAAACACCCUGGUGAUGACCAUUUUAGGUCUGUGGCUCUUCAGUUUCUGAGUUUCAUUUGGGGGCUUUUAAAAUAUUUUCUCAGGCUUUCAGGAUUUAAAUGAUUUUUUUUUUUUGGUAGAUUUUUGCCACAAAGUGAAUAGCUCCUUGAUCUGGAAAUGGUGGAGUCUCAUCGGCAUCAGGUUUGCUAUGGCAGAUGUGAAAAGGUGAAACUGGGCUCUUAAGAGCCGGUACAGGUCUGGCUGGCCAUUCGAAAGGAAGGGAUACCUUUGGCUGCCAAGAGAAGAAAGUAAAUGUUUUCCUGUGCUUUCUUCUGCUGAUUUUUAGCACUGGGCAAAAAUUUGGCAUCCCUGAAUUUCAGCAUUCAGGUCUGUUGAUAAGCGCUGCUGCAACCUCCUCCUCUCUCCUGGGGAUAAUUGCAGGCGCAUACUUCCUAAUGAAUUUAGUCCCUAUUUUGCCCUUCCCUGGAAAUUUUACCACUUUAUUAUUUCAGCAACAGCAAAACUGGGUCCUUGUUUAAGGGAAAAUGAACACACGCUCCCCAUCCUUACUGGAACGCUUUGACCUGAUCCUCCAAAUUACCUGAAUAUCAGCCUGCCGCUGGUCGAUGCAGCGGCAGCUUUGUACUCUGCUGCUAUUGCUAUCAAAAUCGCGUGGAGGACUCCAUCUGUGUUAAACUUGAAGUGCACAGGCAGGCAGUCCCACUGAAACCAGUAAGGCUGCGCACGUACGUGAAAAUCAAUGUGUGUGCGUAGGUCAGUGUUGGAUCAAGGGCAGAGCGAUUUUAUUACAGGUGAGACGUACCCAAGGAUGAAUCUGUGGCAGUGUAAAAGUUGCCUUGAAACGAUUGCUGAAAUGGACUGCCAACUUUUUUGUUCAAUAAACAAAAAUAUGUGCUGAAGCAGUGGGGGUGUGUGGAGGAAGAAGGGUGUUACUUAAAAAAUACAGUAGCUGUAGGGAAAAGAGGGCAGGUGAUUAUGGAGAGUAGGGGAGAAGGUGGCGUGGAGGGGAUUCACUUUUGGUUGUCAUAUUCCUGUGCAUUUAUUGCAGAGGGUUUUGAGGGCAAGUGCAGCUGCAUACACUGGUCUGGACUGUGCUUCUUCAAUGUUGGCCUCGGCUGCGUGUUCUGUGUCUGCUUUUGGGAUCAUGUGUGCUGUCGGGUCUGUGCACGUGGAUGUGCGGCACGUGCUGCCUGCGAGAGACCUGCCUUUCACACCACUGUGCCCAUGCCAGGUGUUUGCGGAUGCAUUUUGAGCAACCUUCUGUGCAUGAAUGAAUGUAAGGACAAGUUGACCCAGGCUUAUUGCUGGAGAAACACCUCUGGAGUCAGUACCUGCGGGCAGGGAAGGGCUACGGCCAGAUACACGUCCCUUUCCCCCAUCCUCUGAGGCCGAGUGCCUCCAUCACUGGGAGAAGCUGGGAGGGGGUUUGCCUCUCUCGUCACACUGCGUUUGUUUUUCUUUUCCGUUUCUGCAUCCUGCCGGUCGCUGGCUGCGGUAGCACUAGGUGUACUUACCAGAGCCAAUUGGGCAGAUGUCUUCCUGCCGUGUAGCCCAGACAGAGCCCAGGGCUGCUCACCCAUCCUAAGGAGAAGCAAAAUUAAGCUUUUCUGAGCAAUAAAAACCUUCCUCCUGCUUUCUUCCAGGGCAGCCAGAAGCUCGUGUGGCAAUAUGCAUCGGUAACCCACUAAGAUGAGGCAAGAGACGGGGGAAAACACCUAUCCCCAUGUGAACGCACGUGGCGUAGAGCCCCGCGAAGGCAGAGGACGGGGAUGAUCCCCGGUGCAGGGAUGACGGGGCUGCAUUUCCCAGCCCUGGUGACACUGACCCUGGUCCCCGUGCAGCAGGUCUGCGGUGCAUGGCCAGACAGGGACCUGGGCGCACACGCGCAGGCUGUGGCUUUCUGUAUCCGGAAAGCAAACCCAGAGCCUGGCUAACGAUACUGAACGGUACUAAUUAUUUUGUCUGUUUCCUUCAAAGCUCAACUCCAGGAGAGAGUAUUUUAGGAUUUGUGCUGGUGUAACUAACCGUAGCGACCUGUGAACACCGCCCUCUUUUCUUCUGUGCUGUUAAAUAUUUAUAAAGAAUGAAGGGCGGCGGCAGCAGGGGCGAAGCUGCUGGCCUUGUUGUGAUUUCAGUGAUUAAAGACAAUGCCAUAAA